GUGAUGGUGUUUGGCUCGCCGACACGAGACACCUCGAAGUUCAUCAGGAGGAUGCUGAUGGACGGCCGCCCCGCCGGUGCGCACCUGCUGGCUCCCUCGGCGGUGCAGAGCGCUGUUGUGGAGACUUGGCGUGCUGUCGUGGCUGAUGGUGGUGCGAAGUUUGUGCGCGGGCAGGUGGUCUCGACGGGGACGACCCCGCUGGCGAGGGACACGCAGUACGGUGCCAUUCAGCGCUUCCAGGGGGUGAUGCGGGACUACCUGGCGAACAGUGGGCAGACGGACUAUAACGACACGGAGCAUUUUCUCAAGAAUGAGAGCGAAGGCGAGUUGUGA